AACCAGCUGUUUCUUUAUUGUGUCGAAAAUUGAGUGCUGACGCCACGUAACCUCAAACAAAAUUCGGCAUAAAGACCAAGAACGGUUACUUCUUUCAUUAAUAACACUUCCAAUACGUUUAUCACCUCAACAAGAUAUUCGAUUUGUGACAUUGCAGUUGAGUUAGGUUUUACGGUAGUCGCUAAGAGAAUACAUGUCAAACUUGAGUUUGGACAGCGAAGCCGAAGGACUGCUUACGGCACUCUGACUGCGUUAUAUCGGGAAGGAGCUGGCGAGUCUGCGGUGCUUUGUUUGGCUGGCACCGGCACGCGACGAUAUACGUCUGACGACGUUGUCUGUCAUUGUCAAUUGAUCAGCGGCAGCGUCAUAGAUCAUAGAUGGUUUAGGAAGACAAAAGUCUAAAAAGAGGAAAUUCUUUGUUCGUGGCUUCGUACAUUUUGAAAAUAGGUCAGACGUGUUCAGUUGGUGUACGUUGUAUAGGUCUUGAAAAUCAGCAGAAGUUGAUGACUGGAAAAGGCCAGGGUAUUCCUGAACUUGAAGGGUAUCUAUUUGAACAGUCUCACAUCAUGCCUGGAGAAGACCAAUACGCCUUGAAUAACUUUGGUGGAGCGAUGAGCUCGGAAUCGAGUAUGAGCCAUGAGGGUGGAGAUGGGCUGGAUUACCUGACCUCACCUGCCAACAUCAAGAAAUACAGACGUGAAGCCCACAAGAGAGUCUUCGUCAACAGGAGUCUCAGCAUGGAGAAAAUCAAAUUCUUUGGAUUCGACAUGGACUACACUCUAGCAAUGUACAAGUCUCCACAAUACGAGCAGCUAGGCUUUGAACUGAUUGUCAAGCGUAUGGUUGCCAUCGGAUACCCUCAGGACCUGUACAACUUUGAAUAUGAUCCAUCCUUUCCUAUUAGAGGUCUCGUCUUUGACAAAGUUUAUGGAAAUCUACUGAAGAUUGAUACAUAUGGCAAUAUCUUGGUGUGUGUUCAUGGCUUCAAGUUCCUCACCUCGGCGGAGAUUGCAGAACUGUACCCUAACAAAUUUAUCGCACUGAGGACGGAACAGGAACGUCUUUACGUUCUCAACACACUCUUCAACUUACCAGAAACCUACCUCAUCGCGUGCCUGGUGAACUAUUUCUCAACUCAACCAGACUUUGUGGACGGUGAUAGGGGCGUGAGGAAAGGAGACCUCUUCAUGUCGUGGGAGAGCAUCUUCUCGGAUGUCAGGAACACUGUCGACUGGGUUCACAUCAAGGGCUCCCUCAAAGAUAAAACGGUAGAAAACCCCGAAGAAUACAUCAUCAAGGAUCCAAGGUUACCCAUGCUUCUUCAAAGAAUGAGAGAUCAUGGAAAGAAAGUGUUCCUAGUGACCAACAGUGGCUACAACUACACCAAGAAAGUGAUGAAGUACUUAUUCGACUUCCCUCAUGGGCCUGCACCUGGGACUCCUCACAAGAAGUGGUACCAGUACUUUGACAUCACCAUCGUAGAUGCCAAGAAACCAAGCUUCUUUGCCAAUGGGACCAUCCUAAGACAAGUUGAUCUUGAUACAGGUAGUCUGAAGAUUGGUAGUCAUGUCGGCCGUGCCCAGCAAGGCCAAGUGUACUCUGGAGGCUCCUGCGAUGUCAUCUGUGAGAUGCUCAAUGCAAGAGGCAACGAUGUCCUCUACAUCGGAGACCACAUCUUUGGCGAUAUCCUCAAGUCCAAGAAGGAGAGGGGAUGGAGGACCUUUCUGGUGGUGCCAGAGGUCGCGCAAGAACUCUCGGUCUGGACAGAGAAGAGAACAUUAUUUGAAAAACUCGAGGAGCUUGAUGUGGCCUUAGCUGAGCAGUACAAAAAUCUUGACAGUGCAACGGAGAAGAUUCCAGACAUCAGCAAAGUCCGAAAGGCCAUGCAGACCAUUACGCACGAGAUGGACAUGUGCCACGGUAAACUAGGCAGUCUUUUCAGAAGUGGUUCCAGACAGACCUUCUUCGCCAGUCAAGUACUCCGCUAUGCCGAUCUCUACUCGUCAUCAUUCCUUAACUUACUUCAUUAUCCAUUCAGCUAUCUAUUCAGGGCGCCCCACCAGCUGAUGCCUCACGAGGCCACCGUCGACCACCACGACCAUUACGAAGAGGAACCCCAGGCCAUGAUGUCGCCUGCGUUGUCGCGGAAACGGGCGGCCAGCGACGUCACCUCCACGAGCUCCCGCAUCCCGAACGGCGAGCAGAGGAGCAAGACGUUCAGCUCCCCCAAACCUCCCAUGAUCACCCACGGCCACGACCAGGAUGAUUGAGGUGUGACGUACCGGUAUAAGCCACGCCCCUUUGAGCCACGCCUUAUGGGCCACGCCCAAUCACUCCAUCUCCCAUUGCCUCCUGAAUUGAGUGCAAGGGUGCAGAAAGCUGACAAAUGUCUUCCUACAUGUACUCCUUUAUACUUUGCCAAGUUAUUUUUGACAGGAAAAAGCCCUGUUUUUUUUAUUGCUCAGUACAAUUUUUGCCAUAUUUUUAAACUUGUAAAUGUUGCUGCAGUUUGCAAUCAGUGUUCGUCGCUACAUGUAGAAGAGUUUUUAAUGCUGUAAUUAAAUGGUUGCUUAUCUAGUGGUCUAGUUGUGUAAACCUUGAUGUUGUGUACACCGUCCUUGUGUAUAUUAGCAAGAAUUAGCAAGGAAAUUAAAGCAAAUUCUGAAUUACAUGUGGAAAGGGUAUCAGCCUCAUAUACACAACCCCCCCCCACCCUUUUUUUUUUUACCUUACGUGCACAUAUUUUACUGAAGGCAAUAUUUAAAUUUCACACAAUUGUUGGAAUUUUCAUGUUUUUAAACCAUAUAUCCUUUUAUUUUCCCUUUGCAUACUCCUGUACAUUUAUGUUUUGUAUUGUCCUUGAAUCUGGUAGCUGGGUAAUUUCAUAAAAACAUGUAUAGUACAAGUAUUGGAGCAUCGCACCAACUUACAAUCCAUCACAAGCCAAAUGCAUUGCAAAUUAGCACUUGAAAGCUGGUAUGCUUCUUGCAAACUGUA